AUGAGCGGCUUCGGAUCCAACGUCCCUGAAGGCACCCACGGCCACCACAACUCCCGCCUGGCCAACGCUGCUGACCCUCGCAUCGACUCCGAUAGGGAUCACCGUGCCGCCGCUGGCAACACAACUGGUCUUCAGUCUUCUGGCCUUCAGUCAUCUGGCUUUGAGUCUUCUGGCAUUCAGUCGUCUGGACUUGAGUCCUCCCGCCACACCACUGGCGUCCAUGAGCCAACCCACCAUGGAGUCGGAACCCAGGAGGGUGCCUUUGGCACAACCGGUGCCAACCGCGGUGUCAGCGGCCCCGCCUCCAAGACUGAUGGUCCUCACAGCAGCAACCUGCUGAACAAGGCCGACCCUCGCGUCGACUCUGACCGCGAUGCCAGCAAGAACUUGGGCCUGAACCCUCAGCGUGAUGCCACCACCGACACUAUCGGCGGUACCCAGCGCACCACCCACGGUGAUACCUUUGGUACCACUACCGGCCGCACCACUGCCGGCGACACUCUUGGCUCUACCACCCACGGCACUACCCACGGCACCACCCACGGCACCACCCAUGGUAACACUCUGGGCUCUUCUACCCACGGUACUACCCACGGCACCACCCAUGGCGAUACUCUGGGCUCUACCACCCACGGUCGCACCACUGGUGCUCCCGAGGGCACUCACGGACCUCACUCUUCCCGUGCUGCCAACGCUGCCGACCCCCGCGUCGACUCUGACCGUGACCACCGCGCUGCCCACGGCAAGACCACCGGCACCACUGGAACCACUGGUCUUGGUAGCUCCAACGUCCCCAACACCCGCUCCACCGGCCCUGCCCCCAACACUGCCGGCCCUCACAAGUCUGACCUGCUGAACAAGCUCGACCCCCGAGUUGACAGCGACCUCGACGGUAGCAAGACCGUCGGUGGUGACAAGACUCACUCCCACUAA